GGCAGCUCAUGGCGUCUUCCUAGGGUGCGCGGAGUUGAAGGCGCUGUUUAAUGACGUCACGAUCAAUGACAGCGUGAGGCGGUGGUGGUAGUGGUGGCGGUGGCUGCUGCCAUGGUGGCGACGGGCCGGGUGCAGGAUGUCUAGACUGGGGGCCCUGGGUGGCGUCCGCACCGGCCUGGGGCUGUUGGUGGGCACCGCCGCGGGCCUUGGAUUCCUGUGCGCCCUUUACAUCCAACGGUGGAAACGAACCCAGCGCCAUGGCCGGAGCCAGAGCCUGCCCAACUCCCUGGAAUACACGCGGACUUCAGAGCCCGGACGCCAGGUGAUGCUGUUGCAGGCAGCCCCAGGUGAGGCCGGAGAUGCUGCGGUGCUGUCCCGUCUUCCCCGAGAAGGGCAGGAGGAGGUGCUGGGCCGCCUGGACUUCGUGCUGACGAGUCUCGUGGCACUGCGGCGGGAGGUGGAGGAGCUGAGGAGUUGCCUGCAGGGGCUUGCUGGGGAGAUUGUUGGCGAGGUCCGGUCCCAUAUGGAGGAGCACCAGAGAGUGGCUCGGCGGCGAAGGUUCCCGUUUGCCCGCGAGAGGAGCGACUCCACUGGCUCCAGCUCUGUCUACUUCACAGCCACCUCGGGAGCCACAUUCACAGAUGCUGAGAGUGAAGGGGGGUACACUACAGCCAAUGCUGAGUCUGACUAUGACCAGGACUCUGACAGGGAGAGUGAGGAGGGAAAAGAUGACGUGAGCUGUGAGACCGUGAAGAUGGGGAGGAAGGACUCCCUGGACCUGGAGGUGGAGGCAGCUCCGGGCUCUGGGCCUGGAGCCCUGGAGGAUGUGCUGCCCCUCCUGCGGCAGGUGGACGAGCUGCACCAGGGCAGUGAGCAGGACAAGCGGGAGGGCUUCCAGCUGCUGCUCAACAAUAAGCUGGCGUAUGGAAGGCGGCAGGACUUCCUCUGGCGCCUGGCCCGAGCCUACAGUGACAUGUGUGAGCUGACUGAGGAGGGGAGUGAGAAGAAGUCAUACGCCCUAAAUGGAAAAGAAGAAGCGGAGGCCGCUCUGGAGAAGGGGGAUGAGAGUGCCGAAUGUCAUCAGUGGUACGCAGUGCUUUGUGGUCAGCUGGCUGAGCAUGAGGGCAUCCAGAGGCGCAUCCAGAGUGGCUUUAGCUUCAAGGAGCAUGUGGACAAGGCCAUUGCUCUCCAGCCAGAAAAUCCCAUGGCUCACUUUCUCCUGGGCAGGUGGUGCUACCAGGUCUCUCACCUGAGCUGGUUAGAAAAAAAAACUGCUACUGCCUUGUUGGAAAGUCCUCUCAGUGCCACUGUGCAAGACGCCCUGCAGAGCUUUCUAAAGGUUGAAGAACUACAGCCAGGAUAUUCCAAAGCAGGAAGGGUAUAUAUUUCUAAGUCUUCUGGUUUAUUUCUGCCAGGUUGUCACUGUUAUGUGUUUUUAGUGCUACAGAGAGCUAGGAAAAAACUUGGAAGCUCGACAGUGGGUGAAGCUGGCCCUGGAGCUGCCAAGUGUCACUAAAGAGGAUUCAGCUUUCCAGAAGGACCUGGAAGAAUUGGAAGUAAUUUUAGGAGAAUAAUCACAUUCCAGUGGCCUUUAUAACUUGAAGGAUAUCAUUAUUUACUUAAGGAGAAAAAAAUCAAGGCAUUUUUUUUUUGUUGUUAGGCCUGCUUAGCUCUGGAAAUUGAGCCAGACUGGCUUAGGGGGUGUCCUGACUCAUGGGUCUGACAGCUACCUGCUAACAUUCUCCAGUUUCUUGCCUGUUGUCCACCAGUUAAUCUAUUCUAAUCCUUUACCUAAUCUGAAAUUGGGUAAGUAGCUGAGGCCUAGGAUUCUGUCCUCCUGAAGUGAAUUUCUGAAAAAUUAAGACUAGUAUAGCACCUGCCCCAGGGUUGCGUGUGGGUGGAACCCUGAAGGCUGCUGGAACUAAGAGAAGGAAGUAGUAAUACUGCUUUCAAUUGCUGGUGAGGUAGGUGAACUUCAAAGAGCUACAGAACAAAGCACAGAACAUAUUAAACUCUAAUCCUUUUCACUGAUUAAUAUUCAACAUAAGUGUGUAUGGUCUAAGAUCGCACCCCAUCUACCAGAGUGAACGAAGGAGUCAGAGCAGCCCAUAGUUUUGCCCUCUUAUCACCCAUCAUGUGGAUUCUUAACACUAUUCCUGGGCUGAGGGGCCGGACCAUGUGAUCUCCAGAGUCCUGACAGCUUUUGGAAUGACAGCAGUGGCAAAGGUUUAUGAUACUGUGAAAUGAUGAUCUGAAGAGUUGCCCGGAAUGUAUUAUGGCACACACUUGAAAUAAACCAAAUUUGAUUGGAAGUAAUUACAUUCUCCUUUCUAUGUUUGUUUCCAUUAUUAGGUCCUUAUUCUUAACACUUCCAGAGUUAUUCUUCAUACAAAAGCUACUGCAUACAAGUAGAAAAAUAGGACUCCAAAUAUUUAGUGUUUAGAAUAAGCUCUUUAGUUAAUGCUAUUUCCAGUGAAAAUUUUAGUGUUACAUGUAAAAGACAGGCAGGGGCAUGAUUGUUUGUAGCCUAACAAGGUCAAUUGCAACUAAGCAGAUAUUCCCCUCUCCCUCACGUUUACCUUUAGUCAGAGCCAACAGCACAAAGCCUAAUACCCCCUAGAAAGAAAACCUCACCUAGAAGAACAAAUGAGACAAGCUUCUGGAUCAAAGUCA